CUGUGGCUUGCUUGGUGGGGGUGGCACGGCCUCGGCAGUUGACAGAUGGCGGCGGGAAAUCUGGCAGCAGAAAUGCCCCGAUCGGAAGAACAUCGCCGCUGGGUUGCGUUCCUCCCAGCGCGGCCGCCAAGGCUCCUUUUCGCUGACGGGGAGGGAUGGAUCAGGAUCUUGUUGACUCGGCAGCAGUGGCCGGAUUCUCGCCUCACCCUAACUUGCCUAUCUCGCCAUAUUCUUGGAACCCGUCGUGACCGUACAGAGAUCAGACCAGGCCGUCGGCCACAGCAACCCCGUCGGCAGAUAGACCGAGGGACAUAACAGGGCCCCCGAAACAGGCAGCAUGGCGUCGGAAACAGCCUUCCCCCGGCUGCCGCCGUCGGGCAUCAAGGUCAUCAUCGUGGGCGCGGGCUUCGGCGGGCUCGCGGCGGCCAUCGAGUGCGACCGCAAGGGCCACGCGGUGACGGUGUUUGAGAAGAUGGCCGACGUGGAGGAGGGCCAGCGGGUGGGCGACAUCAUCAGCUUCGACGCCAACGGCAGCAACGUCUUUGCGCGCUGGCCGGGCGUCGUCGACGAGCUGCUCGCCAUGUCGCGCGACACGGACCACCUGGACCUGCACGACUGGCGCGGCGAGCUCGUGACGCGCCAGUCCUUCGCCGGCGAGCGCGCGUGGGGCCACCGCAUCAACGGCCACCGCGGCCAGAUGCACGCCGUGCUCUGGCGCCACGCCCUGGCCCGCGGCAUCGACGUGCGCCUGGGCCGCCGCGUGACCGACUACUUCGAGACGGCCGCGGGCGCCGCCGGCGUCGAGCUCGACGGCGGGCCCGAGCGCCACGAGGCCGACGUCGUGCUGGCCGCCGAGGGCGUGCGCUCGCGCGGCCGCCGCAUCGUGCUCGGCUCCGACGACAACCCAAAGUCGUCGGGCUACGCCGUCUACCGCGCCUGGUUCCCCUCGGACCGCGUGGUCGGCAACCCGGCCAUCGCGCACUUUGCCGCGCCGCCCGGCGGCGGCGACAUCCACCACGGCUUCAUCGGGCCCGACAUACACUUCCUGGCCUCGUCCAUCGCCGGCGGCAAGGAGGUCAACUGGGUCUUCACCCACCUCGACGACGGCAACAUCGAAGAGAGCUGGUCGUUCCCGGGCAGGGUGCCCGAGGCGCUGGCCUACCUGGACGGCUGGUGCGACGUGGUGCGCGAGCUCGUCAAGGCCACGCCCGACGGCCGCCUGAUCGACCACAAGCUCGUGUUCCGCGACCCGCUCCCGACCUUUGUCUCGCCGGGCGGGCGCAUCGCCCUGCUCGGCGACGCCGCCCACCCGUUCCUGCCCACGUCCAUCCAGGGCGCCAGCCAGUCCAUGGAGGACGGCGCGACCCUGGCCGUGUGCCUGGAGCGGGCCGGCAAGGGGCGCGUGCCCGAGGCCCUGCGUGCCUACGAGCGCAUCCGCUACGACCGCGUCCACGCCGCCCAGGCCACGGGCGUCGCCACCCGCGAGCGCUGGCACCGCGCCGACUGGGACGCCGUGCGCAGGGACCCCGAGUCGCUGCACCUCGUCCGCCACGAGUGGCUGCUCAACUUCAACGCCGAGGACCACGCCUACAAGGUCUACGACGAGGUUGUCGCCGGGCUGAACGCCGAGGCCGCCGCCAAGGCCCACGGGGACGGCGCCUCGGGCCAUGUCCCGCUCGCAAAUCCGGGGACGGCCACGACCGCGGCGGCUGCAGCUUAGGACAGACAGCGCCCAUGACCGCGAGAGGACGUUUGUGUGAAGAGUGAAGAUUUACAUGAUGAGUAGAAUAGACCCCUGAAAGCAAAAUUUUCACAAGGAACCCGAUAUCAAUCAUGCACCACAGAGUUCUCGCUCAUGUAUCACGAGCCGGUCCGA